AUGCCCCGUGUCACCUACCUCAGCCCCACUGCCUCCACAGCUGACCCAGCCCAGCGCGAGCCCCCUACCAGCUCUGGAAUCCUACCAUGGGGCUACACCGACCUUUUCACCUUCUGCUCCUACCUCGGUUUCUCAGGAAGAUUAGAAUGUGGUAAAAGGACGGGGAGUGUCUGCGGGUCUCGGGCGCUGGACAGGAUUCAGCAGAGCAGCCGGUUGGAGGACGACCAGAUAGCAGGAUUUGGAACACCCAAGUCUUGA